GGACAAGUCACGACCAAACUGUUUUCUUCAAUUUCUCGUCUCUCCCGCCGGGGACUCAGUCUCUUUGGUCGUCGUGCCAUGAGCACCCAGGAUCUAUUCCAGAAUCCCAAAGCCCAGAACCAGGAUUCUCAGCUCAUCUCUGACCUCGCCUCCCUCGCAAAAAAGAAACCAAAACUCGUCAAAUCGACCCUCUACAAUGCACCGGCAGAUCCAACCAUCAAGGUGUGCAGCUGGAAAAUGAACGAAUACAAGUACUACGAUGUUCCUUCUCCAUUUCCCUCUCUUGUUCGCGGUAUCUUCUCGGUCGACCUCCCGGAAAAUAGUCACCGGAUUGUGGCCAGGGGCUACGACAAAUUCUUCAAUAUUGGGGAGGUUCCUUGGACAACGUGGGAUGCCUUGGAGAAGCAUACAAGCGCUCCGUACCUGCUUUCCCUCAAGUCAAAUGGUUGCAUCAUCUUCAUCGCAGCACUUACUCCUUCAAAGCUUCUAAUUACUUCCAAACAUUCCAUCGGUAAGGUUGGAAAUGCUGAGAAAAGUCAUGCAGAGGUUGGUGAGGUCUGGUUGCGCAAGUACCUUGCACAGAAGGGUCGAACAGAGGCUGAUCUUGCAAAGACGCUGUGGGAUAGCAACUGGACUGCUGUAGCAGAGCUCUGUGAUGACUCUUUCGAGGAACAUGUCUUGCCAUACAGCUCAGAGCUAACCGGUCUUCAUCUUCACGGAAUUAACGAAUCUACUAAAAGAUUCAAAACGAUGCCCCAGGAUGUCGUUGAUACAUUUGCAAACGAAUGGGGUUUCAUCAAGACACUUUCAACAACUUUGAAUACGAUAGAGGCGGUACGGACAUUCACCGAUUCGGUCUCAAGAGCGGGUCAUUGGGAAGGUCAAGCAGUAGAGGGAUUUGUGGUCCGUACACACAUCCGUGAACUACCCACCAGCGACCGCCCCAGAUCUGCCCCUCCAUAUGCCACUGGUUCUACCUUCUUCUUCAAAGUAAAAUUUGACGAGCCUUACAUGAUGUAUCGGGAUUGGCGAGAGGUCACCAAGAUGCUCCUGGGGCAAAAGAGCGAACCAUCGGAAAAGUCACUACCCAUAUCAAAGAUGAAGCGGCCAGAAACCAAGCAGUAUGUUCGUUGGGUCAUAAACGAGAUCAAGCGUGACAGAAAACAGUUCGCCCAGUUCGGAAAGGGAAAAGGAAUUAUUGCUACUCGGGAACGGUUUUUCGCCUGGAUGGAGCUUAACAAACACAAAUCGGAGGUACAGACGUCUCGUCCUGCGUCGCCAGCCACCAAAGAGUUCGGAAAGACCGUCAUUGUUCCGGUGGCAAUCCCUGGUUGUGGCAAGACAACAGUUGCCGUUGCGUUAGCUCACAUCUUUGGAUUCGGUCACACUCAGAGCGACGAUGUUCGUGUCAAGAAGGCCGCCCCAGUCUUCUUGAAGAACGUCACUUCGUUGCUCGGCAAGUACGAUGUCGUCAUAGCGGACAAGAACAAUCAUCUGCUCCAGCAUCGUGACGGGCUUCGUGAGGCUCUAUCGUGUUUUUCUCCGCCCGCUCGUCUCGUCGCGCUCAAUUGGUCCUGGGCUCUUUCACUGAAACCCCCUUCGACUAUCCAUCGUAUUUGUGGCGACCGGGUCCUGCUGCGCGGGGACAAGCAUCAGAGUCUCCACGGCGACAGCCAGACGAAAGCGCAUGAGGAGGUCAUUUGGCAAUUUAUUAAUAAAACUCAGGAACUAGCAGAGAGCGAAGUAGAUGCGUGUAUCAACAUGGAGCUGGAGGACACUAUGGAGCAGGCAGUAGCGAGAGCAGUAGAAGGAUGCGUUAAGGCCCUUGGAUUGGAACAGCCGAGUCAGGAGAAGAUUGACGAAGGACUGCAAGUGGCAUUAGGAUACGAACCCAAAUCGACGAAAUCGGGGACCAAGAAGGCAGAGAACAAAAAGCCGCCGAAAACUUCGCCCAUACGCUACUUCGGGCUUGUGACGGAGGUCAGUCUUCCUGAGGUGCUCGAGAGCAAGCUGUCGAACGAUACAUUUUGGACCCAACUCAAAGCUAGCGGACGGGUGAUCAAGAGACCACAUGUAACUAUCGUUCAUCAGAAGGCGUUGCCAGGAGAGACGGCGCUCUGGGAGCGAUGCAUGGCUCUUCAUCAGCUGGGCAUGCCUCCGACAUUUGAGCUCAAGCUUGGCAGCACCGUUUGGAAUGACAGGAUUAUGGCCAUUUCCGUGGAUGACUUGAAGCUUGUCGAUGAGGGAGAUGGCGGACAAAAAGGAACCGAAUUUUUGGAACAGGUGGCUGAGAACAUCAAGAGCCGACUACAUAUCACAGUUGGAACGCGAGACGACAAGGUCCCUCCUGUCGAAGCUAAAGACUUGGUUCAGGAGUGGAGAACGGCAGCUCCGGCGGCUGAGGUCAAGUCAGUCGUUCUGGAAGGAGUUGUCGUGAGAGGCAGGAUAAAGGGCCUGAUCACUUAAAAGUCGUUCAUCACACUAACAUGAUAUUGUACACGCGUCGCAUCCAUAUCGCAUCCAUACCCACUCUGUACAAUAUAUACUUAGCAACCCGCCUCCAAGAAUUAUUUAGAAUUUGACGUCGAAG